GUGCUCCUUUUCAAAGGUCUCAGCAUCCCCAUGCUACCUCCUGCCGGCACUUCCACCUGGGUCCCCAGCCUCAGCUCUCCGCUGACUUCACCCUGCCUCACGCGGUCCAGCCCCAGCCGGGGCUGACCCCCCACAUGGCCCCCGCGCACCAGCACGGCGGUCCCCUGCACCAGCCCCUGGCGCCGGUGCCAGCCCUGCCCUUCCAGGACGUGGCCGGACCCUCCUUCCUACCUCAGGCGCUUCACCAGCAAUACCUCCUCCAGCAGCAGCUCCUCGAGGCACAGCACCGCCGGCUCAUGCCCCAUCCCAGACGGGCUCAAGAGCGCAUGUCUGUUCAGCCUCACCAUCUACACCUCAGCUUUGACUUCAGCCAUCAACUGCAAACUCCACAACCCAUCGGGCCCCAGCCCAGGUAUUUAGCCGAAGGCACGGACUGGUAA